GGGUCGCUGCGGCUAAGUGGAGGCCAUGGCCGCCGAGGCCAUAGCGGCAGCCUCGGUGCUGACCGUGGAGGAUGUGGUGGCCGCCCUCAACGUGUCCUUCAACGCGACAGACGCUGACGACGAGGAGGAGGUGUACAUCGUCGGCGAGCUCAAGUACAGCGUCGGCCUCACCGUCGUCAUCUGCAUCGCGUACCUGGCCGUGUUCAUCAUCGGCGUCCUGGGCAACGUGUGCGUCGUCAUGGUGGUCGCGUCCUUCCCGCGCAUGCGCUCCACCACCAACCUGUUCAUCGCCAACCUGGCCAUCGCGGACCUGCUGGUCAACGUCCUGUGCCUCCCCUUCACGCUGGUCAGCAACGUGCUGCAGGCGUGGGUGCUGGGCGCGGCCAUCUGCAAGACGCUGCCCUUCCUCCAGGGCGUGUCCGUGUCGGCCUCCAUCAACACGCUGGUCUGCAUCAGCGUGGAGCGGUGCCUGGCCAUCUGCUACCCCAUGCGCUGCCAGCUCAGCCCUCACACCUGUCGCCUGCUCAUCGGCUGCGUCUGGGCCGCGUCGCUCACCCUCACGCUGCCCUGGGCCGUCGUCUUCCACCUCACGCCCGUCCGGGAGGGCCUCGUGGUGCUGCAGGUGUGCACGGACGUGUGGCCGUCGCAGUUGUCCCAGACGCUGUACUUCGCGCUGGCGCACCUGUCCAUGUGCUACCUGCUGCCGCUGGCCUGCAUCUCGGUGUGCUACGCGCUCAUCUGGAGGCGUGUGUGCCGCCGCCGGCUGCCCGGGGAGCCGCAGGUCUGCGGCCAGCUGAUGCUGCACCGCUCCAAGAUGAAGGCCGUCAAGAUGCUGCUCGUGGUGGUGGUGUCGUUCGCGCUGUCCUGGAUGCCGCUGUACGUCAUGGUGUCCAGGAUGCAGUUCUUCGGUCCGCCCGUCACCGAGCUGGAGCAGGACGUGGUGGGCGUGCUCAUGCCGUUCGCACAGUGGCUCGGCACCUCCAACUCGUGCAUCAACCCCAUCUUCUACGCCUACUACAACCGCAAGUUCCGCGCCGGCUUCAUGGCCAUCCUGUCCAGCCAGUCGUGCUGCUUCUCACCCAGGUUUGACUACGACCAGUGCUCCAUGGAGUUCCGCUGGCAGCAGCGAGGGCUCGGCGCGGGCGGCGCGGGC